CUUGGAAUUGGAUACAAUGCUCCGAUGGAUGAGGGAAGCGGUUUAAAGUAAUUUAGAAUUAUCUUAAAAUGUUCAUAUCAUGAGAGACACCAGGUCCGACGAUUUUCACCAUCUUCAAUGAACUUGUCAAUUCCAAAAAAAAUCUCAUGCAGACAUACUUCAUCAAUAAAGUAUUUUCUACCAAUUUAAUUUUAUUCCAGGUUGUGCCUGUCAUGAGAACUACUCUAGAUGAAUUGGGGCUAUAAAUUAAUUUGUUUAACCCUUGUGGAUUUAUGAAAAAAUGGACAACAGAACCAUUUUGGUGAAAAAUCUACCUCCGACAUAUUUAAAAAAGAAAGAGAUCAGAUCUCACUUUAGUAAAUAUGGAGUGAUAACAAAAAUAGAGACAAAUUCCAGGGCAAGCACUUGCUGCGUUACAUUUUCAAAAGCUUCUCAGGCCAAAGCAGCCAAAGCCGAUGGAGGAUCGUGGAAUAACCGAAAAGUUGAUAUCGAGUUUAAUGAAGAAGUUGACAAAGUUAUCGAAGGGGAGCUUAAUUGGUUUGCUGAGGAGACCCCGAUGGAUGAACCCAAGGAUAAGAUAAAGAAAAUGUUAAAGUCUCUCAAAGCAGAGCCAAGAAAAACACAAGAAGUUGAUUCGAGAAAGAAUAAAACAGAGGAAGAGGAAGUAAAAAUGGAAGUGAAAAGUGAAAAAGAACUUCUGUCUAAAGAGGCGAUUUCAAAUGUUGAUAAAUUGAAUUUACUAGAAGAGAGGGACAAAUUGAUCAGAUCAAAAUUGGCUAAAAAUGUCAAAUCAGUGGAAUCGAUUAAAGGUACCUGUCCUGACAUGUGCCCCGAGAAAGAGAGAAUAAUGAGAGAAGUCCGAGCCAUGGUUGCACCUUAUGAGACUCUUAACGAAGAUGGACGUUUAGACCAUAAUUUAGCAGUUAAAGAAUACAAGCGGAGUUCAGCAGAUCAAGAAGAACCUCUGCCCCAUGAAUUGAGACCGGAAGCAGUCUUGACCAUGACCAUGGAGUACUUGAUAAUUAACAUAAUGGGAAAAAUUGAAAAUGAGGACGAAAAUGUUGGCUACUGGUAUGAUUUUUGUUGGGGUAGGUUGAGAGCUAUUCGUAAAGACAUAAUACAGCAGCAACUCUGUGACCUCAACACAGUAACAAUAGUUGAACAAAGUGCAAGAUUUCAUAUAUUAUGCUUUGAUAGACUCUGGGGUUGCCCUAAGACUGUUUUUGAUGUCAAAAUCAAUUCUGAAACUCUGAUGAACUGUUUGCAAACUCUUAUGCAUAUGUAUGAAGAUUUGAGAAAACAAAACAUUUUAUGUCCUAACGAGGCUGAAUUCAGGGCAUAUUUAAUACUUUUGAAACUGAACAGCGGCUUUUUACUUUCUGAGUACCAACAAUUUUCUGAAGAUCUUCAGUGUUCACCAGAAGUGAAAGAUGCUGUAAAUAUCCAUACAGCUUUCAGCAACAACAUGUAUUCCACGUACUUCAAACUGCUCAGGAACACAUCUUAUUUAAAUAGUUGUUUAAUGCAGCGGUUUUUUGCACAUUUAAGGGCGAAAGCCUUAAAUGUUAUUGUGAGAGCUUAUUGCCCUUCUAACAGUAAGCUAUGCAGGAUUCCUAUAGAGUACAUCGAAGACGCCCUGAAAUUUGAUGAGUUGGAAGAUGCUAUUUUAUUUUGUGAUUCUUUUGGCAUCGGAGUUUCAAAAGACAAUGUGACUUUUUUGAUUUCAAGAAUCAAUUUCUUUUUCCCAGACAGCAUGUACACAGUUGAUACUCCAUCGAGCCUGGUUAUAAAAAAACGUAUUUCUGUAGCAGAAGCUGUAUGCGGUUAUAAAAAUUUACCUUUGUUUAUUCCUCAUGAAGUACACACAAGUUUUACAGAAAGAAAUACGUUAAAACCUACUUCUUUAGACGCCUCCGAUCAGGAGGAAAAAAUGCUAAGAGAUACAGUGGAACGCCUUUUGUUGAAGAAAAGGGCAAAAGAAACUGAAACUUUUGUCAAAGAGGAUGAGGCAGAGGAUUCUUUUGUUGACGACUUAAUGAAUGACGAAGAAGAAUUCACAGAAAGAAAAAUGGAUGAUGAAGAUGAAACUGAUCUUUACGAUGUUGAACAGUAUGCAGAGGAAAGUGACAAAGAAGACUUUGAUGGGAACUCGAGUGUAUAUUCAGAAAAUAGUUAUAAUAGUAAUCCUUCUGCAGCAGAUUCACCUUCUGAUGUCAAUCUAUCCUCUCCUUUAGUAAAAUUUCAGUUUAAAUUGCCUGAUCAUAUGGAAGAAAAGAUUGUUUCACCACUUCACACACCACCACCAAUUAAGUUCAACACUCCAGUUAAUCUGGUUCAUACGUUGCCAACAUUUAAAAGACCUCCACCCUCGCCGACUAUUGCUGCUAUGAAGAAACCACAGACGACACCUUCAAGAAAUAUUUCACCAGCAACCACACCUACGUUUUCAGUCAGUUCCAACCCAUUGAAGGCUGUUCAGAAAGUUCAAAAAACAAAAAGUGAAUCAGAAGAAAAUAUGAUAAUGGCAAAACUUAGAAAGAAACUCAAUGAAAAAAUGAAGAAGACCACAUGCAGAAAAUAUGCUAGAAUUUGGAAGGCUAAAGUGGAAAAAAUCAAAAGCCUUCGAUUAAGUGAGAAGAGUGCACUUUUUCAUAUACCUCUCCAAGAUUAUUCUAAACUAUGGGGCUCUUCUAUGAGCCGUAAGCAGAAAAUGACUUUAGAACGGUUAAACAAGAGAAAGAAAGCCAGCCUUUUGGUAACUGCUAUUCUACACACAAAUGUAGUCGACCAAUUAGAUGUCCAAGUUAAAAAAGUCGGCACCUUAAUUACAAACAUUUUGGGCUGUAGGGCAAUCAUGUUUGCUCAUAAAUUUGGAAAUAUUGCACAACCACUUCCGGUAUUUUGGAAACUGGUGAUUGCUAUACCUGCAAGGUUACCAGAAGGGUCUACGUUCCCUUCAAAACUGAGGAAUUGGUGCAAAGGUGCUUUUUAUCAAGGAACUGACCUAGAUCUAGGCGAUGUUUACUUUAGUCAUUAUAAUAAUUUAGUGCCAGUCUUUACCAACAUUAAUGUUAUUGAAGGUUUCAAUGAGAUUGAAAGUUCUUGUGGUAAUAUUUCUGCCCUUGUACUGGUAACAGGUAAAGGAUGGGAAGAAUCAAAUGAAACAAUUAAAAGACUGGAUAAAAUUCUUUCAAAAAACACUAGCAAAAUUCCAGUGUCUGUUUUAUCGAUGGGAAUGAAAGAAUGUUUUGACAUAGACACAAAGAAUAGAAAUAUUUCGUAUUUACACCAAGGGAUUUGGGAAUCGACUGACAACCUUUUAGAAUCUUUGAAAGUUUUGGCUCAAAACAUUCCCAUAUAUAAUCUCAAAGUGGAAUCACUUGGAAUUUUAGUUGAAGUGGGUACUGAGAAGUUUUUAGACGCACUUUAUGAAGACAGGUUUAUUGAUGCUGAUUUAUACAAUGCGUUAACAAAACCUAACAAUAUUAUCCACUCUUACAAUGUGUUUAUUGAUAAAAUCGAAGAAGAAAUCAUCAACUGCUGUUUAUUUAACAUGUAUGGCACUGCAUAUGAAUUUAAGGAAAAUAUAAAGAAACGUUUAUAUGGAUUUGAUUUAUUUCCACAACAUUAUAACGAACCAAAUUUUAAAGGUGUUCUCUCCAAUCAUUGCCACCUGUUGAAACUUCCUUUUAUGAAAGAGAAAUAUGAAAGCUCCCUUAAUUUCUUAGCAGCAUUCAGGGAGUACUGUCAAAAGCUCAAAUGCCCCCAAAUACUUUCGAAACUAAUGAGGAUGAUAAACCCACCAGAUGAUGAUGAUGGAGUCGACCUGAACGCCUUCUUGGCAGACAUAUCAUGGCUUCCAGUAAUUGAACUUUUAAUUAAAGAAAAUUUGAGAAAUGGUAAUGUGUACAAUUAUAAUGUUGUGUACCGUGGCGACAAAGUGAACGAUUUAAUUCAAAGCCACUGGUGGUUGGUUAAAGAAAAUAUGACCAAUAAAAGCUUUUAACUAGAUUAUAAAAAGUUGAAAAGCAAAUUAUUGUUGAAUAUUUAUUUUUAAAUAAAAUGUUUAUAAUAUUUUUCA